CCACCACCAGCUAGCUCUCUGUCUGCUGCUCCUCUCAAAAGAGUCGCAGUUCACUUUGUUGUACUAGAGCGCUGAGCAGAUCUUUCCUUGUUUCUCCAUUCCGGUACGAAGGGGUGGGGUCCAAGUGAAGGGAAGGGAAGGGAAGGGAAGAGAAGGCCUGCUGCGAGCGAUGGGCAUCGUCGACGUCGUCUCCGAGUUCUGCUCCUUGCCGAGGACUCGCCGGCAUCUCAAGAAGAGGAAGCAGUUCCAGACGGUGGAGAUGAAGGUGCGCAUCGACUGCGAAGGGUGCGAGCGCAAGGUGAAGAAGGCGGUGGAGGGCAUGAAGGGCGUGAGCUCCGUGGAGGUGGCGGCCAAGCAGAACAAGGUGACGGUCACGGGCUACGUGGACGCCGCCAAGGUCAUGCGCCGCGUCGCCUACAAGACAGGCAAGCGGGUGGAGCCCUGGCCCUACGUGCCCUACGAGAUGGUGCAGCACCCCUACGCGCCGGGCGCCUACGACAAGAAGGCCCCCGCCGGCUACGUCCGCAACGUCGUCGCCGACCCCACCGCCGCGCCGCUCGCCAGGGCCUCCUCCACCGAGGUCCGCUACACCGCCGCCUUCAGCGACGAGAACCCCAACGCCUGCUCCGUCAUGUAGUAGACCCACCCACACACCGACCGACCGACCCACUUGUUUUCUAGCUAUUAGUUACUAGUAGUAUAGUAGGUGCUUGCUUGGGAGAGUUGCUCUUGGAGGAGGUUUUGCUCUUCCUGUUUUUCUUUUUCUUUUUUUCGUUUUCCGGUUUCAUGUAGAUGUAGUGUGCGUUUUGAUAUUUGUGAAAAAAAAUAAACCAGUUUGUAACGGUAGACCACUUGUGCAAACUAUGAUCAGAAAAAAAAAAUCAGUUCGUCCUUG